AUGUCUGAUAAACAAAGUACCGGGUCUGGCAGGAAUUCUGCAAACCAAGCUUCGAGUAUCAACAAGAAUCACCAGCUUCUUGAAUAUAAUUCCAAAGAGAAGUUUCUGCGCAUAACUCUGGACUUCAUGAACGAUGUAUCGCCGAUAUUCUUUGACCGUUUAAUCGAGACCUUACCAAAUUACCGCAAUCGAGUGACAAGCAUCACCAUCAGGGUGAUUUUUAAACCUAAAGACAAGGACGACCUCAAUCAUACCAUGACACGUCAUGGGAUCCUCGAGGAUGUGGUAGAUAAACUCAACAACUUCCAACGUUUGGCCCGAGUUCGUUUCGUUCUUAACCUCGACUAUCUCAGCCUAAGCCAGAUCGAAUCUGCAAGCGCGAUCUAUGGAUUGAACUUCAGGUCAUGGACUUUUGACAUCUUGACUGAUGAUGUGGAACAUGUUCAACAUGAUAGCGCCAUUGACAUAUUACUAAGAGCUCAUUUCGGAAGGAAUGCAUUAAUGAAAGAAUUGAAUAAAAUUAAGCGCAUGGUUUCCAGAAGUCUUGCCGCGGGAGAUUUCUGA